AUGUUGCCGCGCGGCGAUGCGCUGAGCGCCUGGGCCACAGCGGCACAGCAGCUGCUGCCGGGCCUGCGGGUGGCGGCGCUGCCCAAGGGGGAAGGAGCUCUGGUGCUGCUGGGAGCUGAGCAUGACGUGGAGCAAGCCGCCCUCCAGGUGGAGACUGCCAUUGACUGCCUGCGCCCAGAUCAUGUUGGUCUUGAGCUUUGCCAGAAGCGCUUCCGGCGGCUCUUCCCCUUGGGCCUCGCAGCCUUCGCUCAGCUUCCGCCGGAGGAGAGGUUGCAGCUGCAGGCAAAGCUGCGCUCCGGAAAGGAUCAGUUAAGUGCCGCCGCGGCGGCGCACCGCCUGGGCAUACCGGUGGCGCUCUGCGACCGAGAGGUCCGCGUCACGGAGGCGCGGCUGCUCGCGCGGCUGGCGCCUGGAGACCUCGUGGCAGGCUCCUUGGCGGCACUGGGUCUCAAUUGGGACUGCCCUGAGGCCCUCGAGGACGCCGUGGCCGACUGCAUCAUCAGAGAGAGGGACAAGGUGCUGGCGCGGCGCCUGUCCACGCUGCCAGGGCUGGCGCUGGGGGUGCUGGGAGUGCGCCACCUGGAGGGUGUGCUCGAGCACGUCGGAAAGGCAACGGGGAUCUGGACCCAGAUGUGGACGCCAUGUGCACAGCUGCCACCUGGCUUCAAGAGAGAGGUGUGA